UUGGCUGUGUCCGGGUGUCCGUGUCACUCAGCGCUCCGGAGAUGAUCCCCAGCGGGUACCUGCGAGGGGCCCCGGAGAGUGCCGACCGCAUGCCCAGGUCCGCCCUGUGUGCGCUCAUCUUCCUGGCGGUGGCUCAGGUGGGCUGCACUCUGGGACUGUUCCUCUACUUCAAGGCACAGAUAGAUUCUACCCGGAUGUCCGACAAAGAGCUUCAGUGCUGGAGAGCCAUCAUGAAAAUGGGAAAUCCAUUAAACUCAAAGUGCUGUGAUGAUGAUAACUUGCAUGAGUGUGAAGGAGUGGAGCAGGCAUCCAAUUCAGCCAUAGAAAAGGUAAUACAAGCUGUGGCACCCGAAAGACGAAUUCACGCAGGCAGUGAUGUGAAGGACAUAUUGCACACACUAAAGAACCUCAAUCGUCGUAAAGGGCACGAAGUUGCACAUCUUACCAUUCAUAACGUCACAUAUGGAGUCUCCAAAGUUAACCUUACGUCCUGGAAAGUCAAAGAAGGCUGGGCCAAUCUACAAAAUAUGAGCUACAAUAAUGGAAAACUAAGAGUUUUACGAGAUGGAUUCUAUUUUGUUUAUGCAAAUAUUUGCUUCAGACAUCACAAAAGUUCAUCAAAUUUUGUAGAAACCGUACGGGGCAAGCCUCUGCAACUAAUGUUGUAUAUAUGCAAGAUAAGCAAAAACGGGAGAGAUUUACAUACGCUUAUGAAAGGAGGCAAGACAGAGGUUUGGACAAAUGAUACAGAUUAUCAUUUUUAUUCCAUUUAUCAAGGAGGUGUAUUUAGACUACAGGCCGAUGAGGAAAUCCUUAUACAGUCAUCUUAUACACAAUUACUAGACCCAACACAAGAAGCAACAUACUUCGGUGCCUUUAAGAUAUAUGAUUGAAAACCUCUUGGAUGGAUCUAUUGUAUACAUAACCAAUUGUUAUAUUGAUUUGUGUUUUGACCAACUCAAAUGUUUUGACCUAAUAAGAAUUAUGUUUUUUGACAUUGCUUUUACAAUAUGUAAGAGUGCAUAUUAUUGGAAGUAGUGAAAAUGUUUGUGCCUUAAGAAAAUCAUGGGGAGGGAAAAUGGUACUUAUUUUAAUAAUAACCAGCAUUGUCAAGGAUUGGUCCAUUUAUCUUGCCCACUUAGUGACCGCUGAUACUUUGACCGUAAUCACAAUACGGUCCUACAGAUCUGGUGCGCUAGCACAGAAUUUCCUGCUUAUUUGCAUCUGCAAUUCAAGACAACAUUAUUGUAAAACAAAAAUAUGGGGGGUUUCUAUUUGAGAACAAAAUCUUUGCUCACUAGCUCUACAUACAGACUUCAGUGGAGGUGUAGUAAGCAGAGUAAACCUUUAUUCUGGUAAGAUAAUUUAGCCUAAACAGUUAUUGUUCAUUUAGAAGUUAAGAAUCUGAUGGGUUGGACAAAUUACUGCCCAAAAUUCUGAAUCUUUUCAGAUUGUUUUGGCUUAAAAUUUGAAAUUUUCUUUGGAUGCCCAAUACGCCCUGUGAGAUUUAUUCACUAAACUAUGAGUUGUAGAAUGAACGCAAAAAUAACUGAUUAGAAACAUAUCCAAGUAUUCUAUAGUCAGAGCCUGGCUUUAUUAGCCUAAAUUUGGAUUUUAAUCAUUAAAAUGUAAGAUGAUAUCCAAAUGUAGGUCUAAAUAGCUGAGAAAUUCCCAGCUUAGUUGAGUUAAGUAUUUCCCCAACACUGCUCUAUUUUGCAUCAAUUUUGAAACUCACUGAGUUAUGAACAAAACGAGGAAUU